AUGAAUCGGGAUGAGUUCACGAACAAUGGAAGAUAUCGGCACUUCAAGCGCUCCAAUCUGGUACGCUAAAAACUUCAAAAAAUUUUUGGAGAGUUGAUUUCUUUCAGUACAAUGUCGCCAAUAACUGCGCUCCGACGUUGUUGGAGAGUUAUAUGGACGAAAAUCACAAUGGUACUUGAAAAACAGAAAAAAUGCAUUUUCCCGAAAAAUAGUUAUUUUUCAGAUUUCUCAAAUCCAUUCACAGUGAAUCCAUGUCUACUCGCAUCGCUUUCGAUAAAUUCAAAUCAGGUAAAAAUGGUAUUUUCCAAAUUUUAAGGUUAUGUGAAAAUAUAGUUGUUCCCAAGGAUUAUUUCAGCAAGAUCGCCCUCCCCGCCCGCCGUUCUUCACCGCAAAAAUCAGAAAAAUGUCGGGAAAAAGCGGAAAAUCGCAGGAAAAUGCGUCUAAAUUCACCUUUUUGCCACAGGCGGCUCUCGACGAAAACGGCGAAAUUCGCAGUGAUUGGACAGUGAAAACCGUCAUCGACGAGGGCCUUUUAAUGAUUUUCGUUAUGGAUAAGACCGGCUGCCAGUGAGUUUUAUUGAAAUGUUCAAAUGUACUCAUCUAACAAAUGUCCAAAUCUCGCAGUUUUCUGCAACAAGAGCUACCGAGCCUAGAGGCUCCGCACGUGGACGAGCUGGACCGCGCGCGCAUCUACGCGGAAAUUCUGGCGAGUGCGGACCAUUUCCACGCGGUCGCCACCAACAUGUUCGGCAAUUUCUUCCUGCAAAAGCUGAUCGAGCACGCGCGCGCGGCCGAGCAGGACUGCAUCCGGAAGUACCUGACGGCCGACAUUUCCGAGUAUUGUCUGGAUAAAAGCGCGUGUCGGGUGGUGCAGACGGCCCUCGAACGGAUGAAGCCGAAGCACGCGGACCUGCUCGUGGAGGCCAUUCCGCGCGACGAGAACCUCCGAGCCAUCUGCACCGAUCAGAACGCGAACCAUGUCAUUCAGAAGGUCGUCCGGAAGAUACCGCCCAAGAAAUGGGAAUUCAUCGUCGACUUUAUCACCGAGGAAAAGGACGUCAUUGCCGGUGAAUUCGACGAUUGCUUGAAUACCUUUUAAAAAUUAAAAAUGUUAGCAGAACUGGAUGCGGUGCCGAACAAUCUGAUGGACAUUUGCACGGACAAGUACGGUUGCCGCGUCGUUCAGACGAUCAUCGAGGUGCUAGGCGGUGCCGAGACGGGCGAGUUCGACAAGCUUCGCCCUCUCCACAGAAUUAUGCAAAGCAUUAUAUGCAGGUCAGAAUUGAUCGAAUUUGUGUUCUACCGUAAAUACUGUAAUAGACGAGACUAUGUAUCCCGCCUAUGGAGGUAUCGAAAAGUUGUCGGCUGGUAAAAUGUACAGAAUGUCUGUCUUACUGAACAUUUCAUCAGUUGACAACUUUUUGAUACCUACACCGGCGGCUAUAUCGUUUUGAAUGAACAAUGUUAGAGUGCCCGUCAAUUACAGUACUUGCGGAAUGUAGAACAACUGUAAUUUGUCUCUUAAAGGUGCAAAGCGCUGACGUCAAACGAAUUCGCCAACUACAUCAUCCAACACAUCAUCGAAACGCCGGGAAUACUCAGCGAGUACCGAAAUGCGAUCAUCGAAAAGUGUCUGCUCACGAACCUUCUGUCGAUGUCUCAGGAGAAGUACGCGUCGCACGUCGUCGAAAGAGCCUUCACCUUCGCCCCGUUGCCCUAUCUGGCCGAAAUGAUGGACGAGAUUUUCGACGGAUAUCUACCCCAUCCGUACGCACCUUUUUUGACGAUUUUCUCUGGGAAUUGUCUGGAAAAUGUUUCAGCGAAACCGGAAAAGACGCUCUGGACAUAUUGAUGUUUCACCAGUUUGGCAACUAUGUCAUUCAGAGAAUUCUUCACAUUUGCUGCUCUUCCGUUCUCGAUAAUAGGUCAGUUUUGGUGUUGAAAUCUUGACAAUUUCCUAAAUAAAACUUUUCUUCCAGACUUUUCUGCAAAGAGACACUAAUUGACGGCGUCGAGUGCGAUCUGAAGUUCAACGAGUGGCUCCGGAAAUUGUCGGCAAGAGCCAGAAAAGAGAAGCUCCGGUUGAGCAGGUUUAAAAAAAAUUGUUUUCCUUUAAAAGAACAUUUUACAGAUUCUCGUCGGGCAAAAAAAUUCUGGAAAUUCUGGAGACGAUGAACACGCCGUACGAGCUGGAACCCCGUCGUCAUCGUCAUUUAGGCCCCGCCCACGCAAUGUUUGUGCCGAGCGCCCAGGAAUUUGCGAAUAUCGAUGAAGACGACGAUUUCUUUGCGAAAUUUGAUUAA